CCCGCACGCCACGCCGCGGCUCCCAUCCGACACAAAUAGCCAGCGAGAGAGAAACGGCAGGCAGCGAGCGAGCACCGAGCAGUGCGGAGAAAAGGGGCAAAAGAAAAGGGAAUCCCAAGAAUCAGCAGCAGACACCAGUGUGGACUCGUCUCCACCGGGGAGAGCGAAAAGCGGAGGCAAGGAAAUGGCGUGCCCGGCGGCGGCGCUGCUCCUCCUGCCGCUACUGCUCGGCCUCCUGGCGCCGGCGCCGGCGCGGGCCACCGACCCCUACGCCGCCUUCGACUGGGACGUCUCCUACGUCACCAGAUCCCCGCUCGGCGUCCCGCAAAAGGUAAUCGCAAUCAACAAGGAGUUCCCGGGUCCCGUGGUGAACGUCACCACCAACUACAACGUCGCCGUCAACGUCCUCAACAGCCUCGACGAGCCGCUCCUCAUCACCUGGGACGGCAUCCAGCAGCGGAAGAACUGCUGGCAGGACGGGGUGCUGGGCACCAACUGCCCCAUCCCGCCGGGCUGGAACUGGACCUACAACUUCCAGGUCAAGGACCAGAUCGGCAGCUUCUUCUACUUCCCGCCGCUCUCCAUGCAGCGCGCAGCCGGCGGAUUUGGGGGCAUCACCGUCAACAACCGCGCCGUCAUCUCCGUCCCCUUCGACACCCCCGACGGCGACGUCAGGCUCUUCAUCGGCGACUGGUACAACAAGAACCACACGGACCUGAGGAAGAUGCUCGAUGAUGGGAAGGAGCUCGGGAUGCCCGACGGCGUUCUGAUGAACGGCAAGGGGCCGUAUCGGUACAAUGACUCCCUCGUCCCGGCUGGGAUCGAGUACGAGACUAUCGAUGUUGAGCCAGGCAAAACUUACCGCUUCCGAGUGCACAACGUGGGCGUCUCCACGAGCUUGAACCUGAGGAUCCAGGGACACAACAUGGCCAUGGUCGAGACGGAGGGCUCCUACACGAUGAAGCAGAAUUUCACCAACCUCGACAUCCACGUGGGGCAGUCCUACUCCUUUCUGGUCACCAUGGACCAGAAUGCAAGCAGUGACUACUACAUCGUGGCCAGCGCUCGGUUCGUGAACGAGUCGCUCUGGACCAGGGUUACCGGCGUUGCAAUUCUGCACUACUCGAAUUCAAAGGGCAAGGCGUCUGGUCCGCUCCCUGACCCGCCGAACGAUGAGUACGACAAAUCUUUCUCCAUGAACCAGGCACGGUCAAUCAGGAUGAAUGUGACCACCGGUGCUGCUCGCCCGAAUCCUCAAGGAUCAUUUCACUACGGCGAAAUCAACGUGACCCAAGUGUACAAGCUGAGGAACAUGCCACCUGUUACCAUCAAUGGCAAAAGGCGGACCACACUGAACGGCAUCUCUUACUCCCCGCCUGCUACUCCAUUGAGGCUUGCGGAUCUCUAUGACAAGAAAGAAGUCUACACACUGGACUUCCCAACCAUGCCGUCUGAUGGACCGCCGGCGAUCGGAUCUUCUGUCAUCAACUCGACGUACAAGAACUUCAUGGAGAUUGUGUUCCAGAACAACGACACGAAGGUUCAGACCUACCACAUCGACGGAUACGCCUUCUGGGUCGUGGGAAUGGACUAUGGUGAGUGGAAGAACGAAAGUCGUUCUACGUACAACAAGUGGGAUGGCGUUUCCCGAUGCACCACUCAGGUGUUCCCCGGAGCAUGGACCGCCGUCCUGUUGUCGCUCGACAGCCCGGGGUUCUGGAACGUGCGCACGGAGAAUCUGGACACCUGGUACCUCGGCCAGGAGACGUACAUCCGGGUGGUGGAUCCUGACGGAGGCUACAACGUGACCGAGUCGGUGUUGCCGGACAACGCCCUCUUCUGUGGCCUCCUCAGGGAAAAACAAAAGGCUCAGAAGCCACACGGGUCAACGUCGAGCUCGGCGUCCCCCGCGCUAAAACAGAGCGGCUACCUGCUGGCGGUCCUGGUGUCGCUGGUCGUGUUUUCGGUCAUCGGACACUGAACUGAAGUGAUUGCCAGCUAGUGGCACUAGAUCUGCUGCUAUCUGUGAGUUGUUAGGAAAUUGGAAAUGUAGGUUGAGUUUGCGGGGUGAUCCGUCGAUUGGGUGGAGAUCCUGCUGCCAUUAUUUGCGCAUCGGCGAAUUCGUCGAAACUUGUUAACAGAGUUGUGUGCAAGCGUGUCGCAUUGUUCGUGUGUGGUACUUGCUGCUGCCUGUGGCCCCGCAAUUGGGGGCGCUGUGCCGCCUUUGAGGAUGAUGAUUUUUAGCUAGCCCUGUCCUGUCCCUGUGAAAGAAGACUUGGAUAACUGGUUUGCAAGAGCACUUUUACCUUUUA